ACACAUACACACGCGGCUGCUCGCUCCAGUGAACGCCUCUCGUAUGGCUGCUGCGGCCACUCCUCCUGGAACAACAGCACUCUCUGUUCUCCAACGGCGUGAAAUGACACAAUAACGACUGAAAAGUGAUGUGCAACGACUUUAAAGGACUCCAGCUGAUCUGCAACUUCACGCAGGAGGCGUCUGACCGCUGCGGCGACCACAAUCCGAAGCGCUGGGACUCGAGAAAUCUGCAGGAAUAAAACGCGCUUCCUUCAAGCAGUUGUGUAUAGAUACACUCAGGCGAAUCGUCUAACUUAAUAUAAGGAUUAUUCAAGCCUUCAGACCCUUUGAGUGGAUGUCUUUUAAUCUUUAAACAGUGAUCUGACCUUGGAAUAAAAGCUUAGAUCCUCGCUGCAUCUUAAAAGCCUUUAUUAUUGUACUUAAGCUCUCCAGGACAACACGAUCCUUGCGCACUUUUGACUAAAGCGUGAGUGACCCGUGUGUCAUUAACGCGCCAGGAGAUGUUUCCAGCUGCUUUUGCACAAUACUGACCCGUGCAUGUAUUUAUUUGGGCAUUUAGCGGUGUAAAGGCACGGAGUUGUUGCAUAAAGCAACUAAAGUCUUUGUCCCGGAGUCCUUGGAGAGAUGGAGGGACAGGAUGGCAAAGGGAAUAAUGACAGUAAUCAAAAGACAGACAAGAGAUUUGCACUCUGGUACAUGGGCUGGUCUUCUCUGGACAGGCGGACCACGCUGCCUAUGCUACCCUGGCUCUUGGCGGAGAUCCGGAGGAAAAGUGAGAAGAACGAGUCUGGUCCCGCACAGGCCAGAGAAGUUCAGCUGUAUCUCUCGCCCCCACUGAUUCGCUGCGUGCCCGCAAACAGCAGCAACCCGUCCGUGUUCAUAUUCGAGCACAAAGCACAGUUUAUAUCCAGGUUUAUCCACAACAGCCAUGAUUUGUCUUAUUUUGCCUACCUUAUCAGAAGUCAACCCGAUAACCCAGAGUCUGAGAUGGCAUGCCAUGUGUUCAAAGCAUGUGAUCCAAACCAGGUGCCUGAGGUUAUUAGCAGCAUUAGACAGGUGUCCAAGGUUGCUCUUAAGGAGGAAAGCAAGCCCAAGCAAGACAGUGAUGAGUCUUUUUACAACUCCCAGAAAUUCGAAGUACUUUACUGUGGAAAAGUGACAGUCAGUCACAAGAAAGCCCCAUCAACUUUGAUCGACGACUGCAUUGACAAAUUCCGCCAACAUGAGAUUGAACGCAAACGUCUGCGGCUCCUCAAUGGCCAGCGCAGCUCUACCGAGGCCCCCGUGGAGUUCAUUAUGGGUGAAGACCCUCUAAGCGCCUCCCUCUGUGAAGUCGACGAACCCGAGCCUAACGUGACUGAGGAAGAACUGUCUGAGGUGGGCAAUUGGAAUCUGGACUUGUCUAGCUCCUGCAGCACGGGCAGUCUACGAGGGGCCUUUCCUGAAUGUAUCUUGGAGGACUCGGGUUUCGGGGAGCAGCAGGAGAUUCGUACACGCUGUAAUAGCUUGGCGGGUGGCCUGCAGAAAAGAUCGAGAGAGACGGGCAAGGGGUCGACACGUAGGAGACACGCUAGCGCGCCCAAUAACGUGCAGCCUUCUGAUGCGGACAAGAAUCGCACAAUGCUGUUCCAGGUUGGCCGUUUUGAAGUGAAUCUCAUCAGCCCUGACACCAAAUCUGUGGUUCUGGAGAAGAAUUUUAAGGACAUCUCGUCCUGUUCACAGGGUGUUAAACAAACAGAUCACUUUGGCUUUAUUUGUCGGGAUGUGGUGGAGUCUGGCCCAGCCCAGUAUGUGUGUUACGUGUUCCAGUGUGCUAGCGAGUCUCUGGUGGAUGAAGUAAUGCUCACCCUGAAACAAGCCUUUACCACAGCAGCAGCUCUGCAGAGCUCCAAGAACCAAAUCAAACUGUGUGAGGCUUGUCCAAUGCAUGACUUGCACAAGCUCUGUGAGAGAAUAGAAGGCUUGUAUCCUCCCAGGGCGAAACUAGCCAUUCAGAAGUACCUGUCACAGCUGAGUGACAACGAGCAGGUCAAUAUAUUCGAACGGGUCCAGAAAAUGAAGCCGGUAUCCGAUCAUGAAGAAAACGAGCUUGUGAUUCUUCACCUCCGACAGCUGUGCGAGACCAAACAGAAGUCUCAUGUUCAUAUUGGAGAGGUCCCACAGCAGAAUGCUUCUGGCAGCACCGUGACCUCUGAUAACUCCAGUGCGGGCCGUAAUAAACUGGACGUGUUGAAGAACAAAGCCCGGAGUUCUCUGACAAGCUCUCUGGAAAAUAUCUUCUCACGGGGUGCCAACCGUAUGCGAAUGCGUCUCGGCAGCAUGGGAAGUUUUGACCGCCAGGGUGACUCCCCUGGUGACUCCCCACCUGGGACCCCACCCAGUUACGUUGAGGACGAUCCAGAUGCCCCGCAGUUUCGUCGCCGGGCACACACCUUUAGCCACCCACCCAUCAAGAAGAAAAUCUCCUUCACUGAGGUUUCCUCCCAGGCGUCUAAAGCGCCGCUGCGCCGACAACAGUCUUUGGCCCCAGAGCUGCUGCAGAACAGCAACGUUGGUUUCUCGAGAGUGCGCAGUGUCUCUGAGAGCGAGUCCUACUUCAGUCUCUCAUCCUCCUUCCACACCCCCACUUUCCUGAAAACCUUUUACCAGGGCUCCCUCGGCUCACUGGCCUCCCUGUCGGACAACGGGAGUCUAAAGAGUGGUAAUGGAGAGGGCAGGAAGAGGUCUCUGUCCGGCUGUAGCACCGAUUCUUUGACCUUGGUGCCUCCACGCAGAGUUUCUUGGCGCCAGAAGAUUUUCCUAAGGGUGGCGUCACCCAUGAACAAACCCUCGGCUUCUAUGCAAAACAUGGACAACAUGGAUGGCCGGGAGCUCCUGCCACUUUCUCCUCGGGCUUUGAACCUGGAUCAGGACCCUCAGGUGAGCCCUCUGUCCCCAGAGCAGGGCUUUGGUGGAGAGAAGGGCCGGCACAGCCCAGCUGACUACAGGGCCCUGUGGAAGAAAGCCAUCCACCAACAGAUUUUACUCAUCCGCAUGGAGAAAGAAAACCAGCGCCUGGAGGCCAGCCGUGAUGAAUUGCACAUUCGUAAAAUGAAGCUGGACUACCAGGAAGUGUGUCAGUGCUCAAAAGAGGUGCAGGCCCUUUGGGACAGGAAAUUGAGCAGUCCCUGUCGCACUAAAGUACAGUGGGACAAAGAAGAGAUUCACAGUGCUGUCUGCCAAGGCGUCCCCAAAAGUCGGCGAGGUGAAGUGUGGCUUCUUCUCUCCCAGCAGUAUCGUUUGCGUCACCGUCUGCCGCAGCGGCAGCAACCCCCUGAAACACCUUAUCAAGAUCUCCUCAAACAGCUCACGGCACAGCAACACGCCAUCCUGGUCGACCUCGGCCGCACAUUCCCAACACACCAGUAUUUCAGCACUCAGCUGGGAGCUGGACAGCUAUCUUUGUACAAUCUCCUGAAGGCCUACUCCCUGCUGGACACGGAGGUGGGCUACUGCCAGGGGAUCAGUUUUGUGGCCGGUUUGCUGCUGUUGCAUAUGAGCGAGGAACAGGCUUUCGACACGCUCAAGUUUCUCAUGUACGACCUGGGCAUUCGCCGACAGUACCGUCCCGACAUGAUCUCUCUGCAGAUCCAGAUGUACCAGCUGUCCCGACUGUUGCACGACUAUCAUCGUAACCUGUACACUCACCUGGAGGAGCACGAGAUCUGUCCCAGCCUGUACGCCGCGCCCUGGUUUCUCACCCUCUUCGCCUCUCAGUUCCCGCUCGGCUUCGUUGCCCGUAUAUUUGACCUCCUGUUUGUCCAAGGCACAGAGGUGAUUUUUAAGGUGGCCCUGUGUUUGCUGAGCAGCCACGAGGGAGAGAUACUGGAGUGUGAGGGCUUUGAAAGCAUCGUGGACUACCUUAAAUCCACCAUCCCUACUCUCACUCACAGCCAAAUGGAAGAGACAAUCACUAAGGCAACUGAGAUGGACAUCUCCAAGCAGCUGCACGCGUAUGAAGUGGAGUACCACGUCCUGCAGGAUGAGCUGUCAGAUGCUCCUCCACCAUCAGAGGACUCUGAUAGGCUAGAUAAACUGGAGAAAGCUAAUGCCCAGCUCAAGAAACAGAACAUGGACUUGCUAGAGAAACUGCAGGCGGCUCGUUUGAAGAUUCAGACAUUGGAGAGCAGCGUGGAGAGCUUCCUGUCACGCGAGAGCAAGAUGAAGCACCUGAUCCGUUCUCUGGAACAGGAGAAAGCUUCCUACCAAAAGACCAUCGAGCGCAUGCGUAGCAGUUUGCCAUCAGAUGCCGUGGCUGAUGUGGAGAUGACCCAACUCAAAUCCAGCACCAACGGGAAAGCCAAAGAAACUGCCUGCAAAAAGCCUUGAAUUACCGUCCUGCCGACUGAUGCAUCAUCGGUAGAGACUUAGCCAGCUUCUUCCUCUUUUGUGUUCCCAUCGUGCUUCACUUAUGAUGUCCUAAUUGAGAACCAAGGGAACGUUUGACGCCUUGCAGCCGCACAAAACUUGAAAACAAUAUGAAAGUGUUUUCUUUCCAAAGAGCAGCACAACUAGUGCAUUAAUGACUUUACACUCACUGUGAGGGUUUUUUUUUGACCUGGGCUUCCAAACCAGGUGUUUGGAGGAAACCAAAUAUUUACCAGGUCGACCUUUUGCUGAAAGUGCUUCACCUAAAGUGCAGGCAGGAAGUGAAACCAUCUGCUGCUGGGUUUCCUCUGCAACUUACAAACAGUCCUGCUGUCCAGACUUCCCAAUUUGAUCUUACAGACUUCAAAUGAAGAGUAACUCAUCUUCAAAUCAUCAUCUUUGAUAUUGCACAGUAUUCUGUGUGUGCGAUGAAGAAGUGUGCCUGUUGGAUACCAUGCCGUAAAAUUGUACGUGUGCAGUCUUUCAAAAGCAGUGUAUAAUAGUCGCCAUGGGCAUGAAAAAAUAAAUCCCACAGUCCUUUGGGGAUUUUAACAUUGUUUGGGUUUGUUUUCAAAUGAUCACUUGUUUUUUUUUGUGUAAUGCCAACUGUAUUUGACAUCUGCGCAAAUAUUUUUGUAGUGUAUAAGAGUCCAGAGGUCUUGACUUGUGUCGAAAUAUUCCUCUGUGUCAUGGAGAGCGGCUCACAAAACGUCUGUUAUGAUGUUGAGAAUCUGUCAGAACAUAUCAAAAACUAUCAAAUGCUAAAGCAUUGUAUUUCAUUCAUUUUUUGCUCAAAAAUUUGUAUGUUAGUUACAAGAAAAAAAGACAGAUGAGGCAUUGGUUUAAACCACCUGUUGUUCUUGAUGGUGGCCAAAUAUGAUUGUACAUAUACAGUAACAAGCAUGACACUGUAUUGGUCACUCAUCUAACCAUAUGAAUGUGAACCUAAAGCAGGAAUAUCUACUUGAACACUCAUUCUUGUUUGUCUACAUUUGUCUUGAUCAGAAACUGCCUCGUUUUGACAGUUUAAUGAAUGAAUCACAAUUGUAGUAAGAUGAUAAAACUCUAAUGGAAGUGUUGGUAAAUGUAAACAAGAGCUUUUUUGUGCGAUUCUAUGUUUGUGUGAACAUAUUAUUUCAAAAAGUGACAUUGAGAAGUGUUAGUGCUGGGCUGGUGGGGGUUACCAGUGCCGUAAAUAUUUCGUCUGAUCAACUUUCUUCUAGGUAUUGAUUGUUUUUGGAUCAUUCAUUAUUUUUUUUUUCUUUUUUCAGAAAAUGCAAAUUGAAAAGACUUAUAUCUUUGGAAAGAGUGAUGUGGGCAUGUUUAAUCAAGGGCUGAAAAUACAUUACCUGUUCAGUGGAGGUACUUUCUAGCAAUACUCCUGCACCAUAGUGUAACAAUGUGAAGGACGGGGGAGAAAUAAUUCAUUGUGCAAGAACAAGGUCACAUUUUCCAUCUUUUCACUCAACGCUGUAUUAAAACAGAGUGUCUUCAUACAAAAAAAGACAUAAUUGAAUAAUGUGUUUGAUACAUCAGUCAUUCUUUUUCAUACUUUAUGUUCAAUGUGCCAAAACUUGAUUAUGAUGAUCACGUUUCCAUUGUCACAUGCAACCGCUACUUCUCAACGCCUCAUAAAGAUGUUGAGUUUUGUUGAACUACAUUUAUUUCAGAUGCACUUUCGUUUGCAAUAAAUCGUUGGUCAUCGUUGAAAGUGUGUGUGCUGUGUGCUGACAAUAUGUCUUGAUUGUUUCUUUUGAUUUUUGAGUUGUCAGUCCUCCAUACUCCAUUAAAAUCAACUUUUUAUACCUCAA